UCAUAUUUGAACAGUGCUGGUGAGGCGCUCGGUUUGCUUUUCACUGUGGAGGGCAGAGCUGUGCCACGCUACAAUUCCUCUCCCCUUUUGGCUGCUAAUUUGCCGUGUUUCUGAAUUUACGCUUUAUUGUCCAUAGAUAAUUUUCUCUCUGAAACAAAGACGAUUUGUGUAAGAGAGUAGAAUAACAGCAUACGUGUUUGAUAUGUGUCUGUCUAUGCUUGAAAUAAUCCAGCAUCUAAUUUUUAAUGAAGCGUGAAAGAAAGCUAGAGCUCAGCACAAUCCGUGCCCAGCGAAGAUCCUAAUCUUCCCUUUCCAACAGCGGAGAGCUGCAGCGGGCACAUCUGUUCCAUGACCGAGCAGCGUGGCAGCCGCUGGCCCCGGGAGGGAAGUGCACUGAGCCGGCAGCCUGAGGUCCCUCUGCUGGGCGAUGGGAACCGGGCAGCGGUAGAAGGCAGCGACCGGCCGGGGAGAGCAGGCGGGGGGACGGGCCUGGGGUCCCCCAGCUGCUGGCUCUGCUGAGGGUGUGAUGGAAACCCCCUGAACGACAAGCCGGGAAAGACUUACUGCAAAGGUGUGUUUCUCCGGCCACCGCAUGAGUACGUCCUCCCCCUGCGAUGGCCACGCAGCCCACUCUGGCAUGGGUGCUGCUGCUCAGCCUGCUGGCCAGCUGCCUGCCAGCCGUGCAGCCCAGGGACUUCACCGUGAAGGACAUUGUCUACCUCCACCCUUCCAGUAAGCCACCUUUGCGCAGGCUGCAAAGCCACAGGCAGCCGCGGCAUGGGGCCACACCAUAUCCUCGUGGAUUUAAGUGUUUCACCUGCGAAAAGGCAGCGGAUAAUUAUGAAUGCAACCGAUGGGCCCCGGAUGUCUAUUGUCCAAGAGGUACAAGAUACUGCUUUAGCCAACACAUGAUGAAAGUUACUGGGGAGAGUGUAUCUGUCACCAAACGCUGUGUACCAUUAGAGGACUGUCUGUAUACAGGAUGCACAUAUGUAAGGCAUGAAGGAUACAAGAUCUGCACCUCCUGCUGCGAAGGAAGCAUCUGCAACUUGCCCCUACCAAGGAACACAACAGAUGCUGUAUUUACAACCCUCUCCCCCCUCAACAAAACACAGAGACUUUCACAUCCUGCCCUGCUGACAGCAGCGUGUCUUUGGCUGGGGUUUAUCUCACAGCACUGGGUUGUGCUGCCGGGUCCAGGCAGCUGAGCUGCGUGAGAGCAUCUGUGUGAACAUUCAUCCUCUCCCUACAGAGCCUGUGGCUUGGAGUUGUCUUUGGAACUGCUUUUCCUCCUGAUUUCUUGCUAACCAUGAACUAGCCAGCCUGGAAUCUAGAUGUAUUUGAAGGGUGUAAACCCCACCCCCACUUCUCCACUGUUUUCUGAAGAAACUCAUGCAAGAUGUUCCCAGAAUCCAUGGCUGAGAUGGAUGCAUACCCUUUUCUUAAUGUCUAUCUUUAAACGUACUAUAUUGCCGAUAGUAUCAAUACUUACUCACUUGAAACUUUAUUAUAAUUUGUCAGAGCACUAACUCUGGUGUCUCAUUAACCUCUUCUGAGAACAUACAGUAAAUAAUACACAGUCAGUAUAUGUCUUUGCAGUAUCCCUGUAUCUCUUGUUCUUCUCUGAGCAGGCAGGAAUUUGUAGCAAGGCAGCAGCAGCCAUCAAAGGAGCAGCAGCAGCUUGGAUCAGGCCAGCAUCAUUCGAAGAUGCUUCCUCUGAGGUUGUCCACCAGAAGCCUGAAGAGCCACCCCUACAACAGCACACACGGGGAUGUGCAGAAAAUCACUGUUGCUUAUAAACUGAACUGGAAAAACUCUAAAACCUCUGUUUCUGAGGCAUGGUUAGAGGGAAGGAGGGUGUGUGGCCCCUGACCCUCAACUGCAAGGAGGUAAGGUUAUGGGGAGCAGGUGGGUGGCCCAGUUGAGAUGCUGGUGCCUACCAAGCCAAAGAGUUCUCAGCGUUCUGGGGCUUUACAUAUUUUGGCAUUACUAGAUACAGCUGUAUUUUGGUGACCUGUGUUGCUUGUUUUGCUCAGAAAUCAUCUAUGCAAUAUUUAUUUUUGUAUGUUGAGUAGGAUUUAAAGUGUUUAAAAGAUUCUUAAUACCUAUAUUGCCAGGUAAAAUGGUUGUUUUGCAAGUAAACAAGCCUGUAAUAUAUAAAUUAUCAUAUAUAUAUAUAUAAAAGUUCUUAAUUUUUAAAAGUCAACUUUGUUCGCAAGGUCUAUAAUAAAAGCAGGGUGUCACGGACUUGCUUUAAAAUUAAGCUAAAUUCUUUUGUAAUUUUUUUUCCCCUUUUUUAACUAUAGUCAUAAAUUGUCCUUUUAGGAGAUAGCUCUUUGCUACUUGUGCUCCAAGGCACCUUGUGCUUACCAAGUUACAGUACGGUUAUGCUCUGAAGUGCUUUUUUUUGUGAGCUAUACAGUGAAAGGCAGGUGAAGGAAGGCAAUGCUGGAAUGCAAAUGCUUUGUGAAGGGCUCCUAGAGAGUACAGGCAAGCCCUCAUCUACCGGCGUGUGCAUUGUGUACCAGUAACAGUGAGAAAUCCACAGAGCUGAGCAUGCAAGGUGCUGUCCUGAGCUUUGUGGCCUAUAGACUGAACCUUGAUUCUACUUCCAGGGAGUUUUACUGGAGGCAAAGGAGGAGGAGGAGCAGGACCAAGAGCAGCAUUCCCUCCCAGUUUAGUUUCAGGUGAUUUCCCUGGGGAAGGAAAGCAGGCUGGAAGCCUUGGUGUGUUUUGCUGGGCAAUGUCUUUUAAAGAUGUAUGUAUAUAUCAUCAUGAAAACUGACUUCGAACAGUUUCUUUCCUUUUGUUUAACUUUAUAUAUAAACCUAGCCUCUUUGAGGAAAGGAUGGCUGACUUCGCUCACAGACAAACCAACCUUGUGUUUUGCUGUCCUUUCUGUGAAUUGCUCACAGAUCGCUAGUACUGAGGAUUGUUGCAAUCUGUUAUUUUAAGCAAGUUAGACCUAUUUGGGGAGACCCCCAGGAAAAUCAACCCUGUCUCCCUCUUCUGCAAGCUCACUCGGGCAGAGCUGUAUGCCGUACUUACAGGCUGGGGGAGAAUGAGCUGGAGGGGCUUAUGACUUCUCUGACAGCAAUUUAAAUAUUUUUUAUUAUUAUCCUGCAAAAUGGAUGAGUUUAAGCCUGAAAGGACCUCAUUUAGGGAUUCAGCUGCUCUCCUGAGGUGCGGUUUAAACAGGUGUUCUGCAUUGACUGAGCAUUUUUGGCAGCACUCUCCUGCUGGAGCUGGGCUGGAUCCAGAAUACGUACUUUGAGAAGACAGGUUGGAAAGCCAGCAUGAUGAGAAAGCAUGGGAAAUCUGGGAUUACCCAUGAACAACAUCUUGCUUACCUUUUCAACCAAGGUAGGCUCAAGGCUCGGGCCAUGUUGCACAGGGGCAGCAGCAGCACCUUGUGGGAAGCUCCCCACCAUCCUCAGGACUCACACUAGUGAUGGCAGCUCAGCUGGACAUUUUAAGGUUUUACAUUUUUACUUUGGGCCUUGCACAUGCUUUUAGGAGCGAGUCCCCCAGUGAGAUACCUAACCAGCAGCAAGAGGCAGAUGUUACCCCCUGACCUCAGUUGGCUGCCUUGGUCAAUAGCUUAGUCAGGUUUCUGGCUGUGCUGUACGUUGUCUCCCCCUAUUUCCCAUAUGUUUUGCAGUCUCACUGUUAUCCAACCAGCCUAACCAGUGGCAUGGUAACUCUGAACUAGAUAUGUACAACCAUGCAGGAUGAGCUGCAGCAAUAGCCAGGUUUCUUCAUAAAAUACUGAGACUUUUAGGACCAUUACCACCCCAUUAAAGGUGUGGUGCCUGCAGUAAGGGCUCCAGUGCUAGGUGGCUCCCCACAUGCACUAAUAGACAGGAUCUUCAUGCUGUGUUUAGGUGUACUUCAGACAGACCAGACACCUUUUCUGGGUACCUUUCAGUGCUCUCUACCCACAAACAAUGGGUUACCACUGAUCAAAUGUAGUUAUCAGUGUCGUAGGGGAGUUAAACCAAGGUAGUUACUUCUAUUCCCUUUGUAGUCAGUGAAUGAUUGGACUGAUUCACUGUAUGCUAAGAUGGUGGUUAAAUUGUUUCAGGCACAUGAUGGAUGUGCCUAGGAAAACUAGUUUGGUUAUAAAUACCGCAUCCCACCUAGGUUAUCCAGCUGCCAGCCACACAGUUACACCAAGACCAGUGCUUUGCAAAUACCUGAGCAGGAGCCACUCCUAAGCAUAUCACUGGCUUUGCUCUGACCAUUACAUUGCUGCAGCCAGAGAAAAUCCUUGCUCUUGUGAUGAGCUGGUCCCUCUCCAACCAUGGUCAUGCCACAGUUGUGCCCUUCAAAAGGGACCUGAGCCCUGUCCAACUGAGCUGCUAUCUCCUGCUGUGGUACAAGGAUUAUGGACAUUGAGCUUAAAAGAGCAAAUUAAGGUGACUGAGAGCAAGCGAGGAACCCAGUGAGAACCACCCCUGCACCAGCAGGUUGGUGUGCCCCAUCUGCCCGCAGAGCUGUUGGGGGCUUUUUAAAGCACAUAAAUGCUGAGCUGCACUGUAUUUAUUUUUAGGCUCUAUAUAUGUGAUAUUGCUUUUAAAUGUCUAACUUUUUAACUCUUGUAAAUGCUGUAUAUUUGUAUAAAUAAAUUUUUUUAAUAUUCAGAUAA